CUGUAGACAGUGUGGCCAUUUGCGAACAAAUGUUCACAGCCCUAACCAAAGUCCCUCCAUCACAGACCUGAAAUGGACCCCGCCGCGUCGUCGUAUCUCAUCGUCGGCUCCGGCGUUUUCGGGGCCUCGACGGCGCUGCACCUCGCCCGCAGAUUCCCAGGAGCGCGCAUCACGCUCGUCGAUCGCGACCACUACGACGCCCCGCGGCGCGUCGCAGCAUCGUGGGACUGGAACAAGGUCGUCCGCGCCGACUACAGCGACAUCACGUACGCGCGGCUCGCGCUCGAGGCGCAGGGCCUCUGGCGCGCCGACCCCCUCUGGCAGCGCUUCUACCACGAAAGCGGCGUCGUGUGGAUCUCGCCCGGCGCGUUCGCGCAGACGGUGCGUGACAACUUCGCCGCCCUGGGCGCGACCCCCGACGCGAGCGCGUGCUCGGUCGACGAGGCGCGCGGGAUUUAUGGCGGCUUGUUUGCCGGCGCCGACUACACCGCCGUGCGCGAGGUCCAUGUCAACCGCAGCAGCGGCUGGGCCGAGGCCAAGGAGGCGCUGCAGAGCACCGUCGCCGCGGCCGUCGCGCUGGGCGUCGAGUAUCGCGUUGCGCAGGUCGCGGCCGUCGCGUUUGAUAUGAACGAAGGCGCGAGGGGGCGGUGCUGCGGCGUCACGACGGCCGACGGCGCGCUCCUCGCUGCCGACCGCGUCGUCCUCUGCUCCGGCGCGUACACGCCCAAGCUGCUGAUCGACAGCGACCCGACGUGGGGCGAACUGCAUGCGGGCGGGCGCAUCCUCGCUGCGGGCGUCACCGAGGCCACGGCGCCGCUGGACGAGGACGAGAGGGCUGUGCUGGAGGCCAUGCCCAUCGGCAUCAACGAGAAUCCCGUGCAACGCGGUUGCGACGUCGGGUGUAUGCCGCUGCCCAGCCUCGGCGCCUUCAAGUGCUGGGGCCAGGUCUUUGUCCGAAACACGGUGACACACCCAGUCACGAACGAGCAACUCUCGGCUCCGCCACUGCAGCCCGAUUAUAAGCAGUGGGAUGUCCCCGCGGCGCUGCAGGAGGACGUGAGCUGGGCGCUCAAGUCGCUGUUUGGCGACAAGUUCCAAGGCAAGAAGAUGGAGAACUUUAGGGUUUGCUGGGAGGCAGUGACGCCCAGCGACGACUUCAUCGUGUCCCCGCACCCGGCCUGCGACGGCCUGUUCAUCGCCACGUGCGGGUCCUUCCACGGGUUCAAGUUUCUCCCUGUCCUUGGAAAAUACGUCGUGCAGAUGCUGUGCGACGAACUCGCACCCGACCUGCAGAAGCAGUGGGCUUGGGACCGCGAGCUCUCUUCGACCGAGGGUAACAAGAAGUGGCCGUGCAAGGAGUUGGGAGACUUUAUUGCGGAGGACAGCCGUGAAUGAACAGACAUAGGGUUUGCUGUAUUGUGGAUUCUACUCCUAGUUGAAUUGUACGUUUGCUCAUACCUCAAGGUGCCAACUGUGAAGAGUGCGAGAGUGGUGUGCCAAGUUCAAGCUCCGACUCGCGUGCGAAUGUGUCGGUGGGAUGGUGGUAAAUGUAACACGAGCCUGUAAGGGUUGGGCAGACCCGCUUGUGCUUGCGGCCGUUGGGAGGCAUACUCGUUUUGAAGAUGUUAUGUAGUAGGUUAUCGGGCACUACACUGGGGGGGUUAUUCACCCUCCCAACACCCUCUGGAGUCCCGCGUGUUAAGCCUUGUC